UCCCGCCGGGACGGGCCGGGAAGGGCCUCGCUCCCUGCGCCGGCCGCGCUCCGGGAACCGGGAUCCGCAGGCCGCCCCCGCCUCUUCCUCCUCUUCCCCCUCCUCGUCCGCCGGGAUCCUCGCUGCUCGCCCGCCCGCCAGCCCCGAGCCGCGGCGGAGCGCCGUGUCCUCGCGGUAGAUCAUGUCCGCCGGGCAGCCGCCGCCGCCGGACGAGCCGCCCGCGCCUCCCCCGCCGCCGCCCGGCGCCAGCCCCGGCGAGGCCGCGGGCACCGGGCCCCCUUGCACCGCCGGGCUGGCCGGCGACGACAUCAAGAUGGAGGAAUCUUUUGAUGAUGCAACCCUGGCAAAACAAAAAGAACUCCAGGAAACAGAUCCUACAUAUGAAGAGAAAAUGCAAACAGACAGAGCAAACAGAUUUGAGUAUCUGUUGAAGCAGACUGAGCUCUUUGCUCAUUUCAUUCAGCCUGCUGCUCAGAAAACUCCAACUUCACCUUUAAAAAUGAAGCCUGGACGUCCACGAAUAAAGAAGGACGAGAAACAGAAUUUACUGUCAGCUGGCGACUACCGGCAUCGUAGGACAGAGCAGGAAGAAGACGAGGAGCUGUUAACGGAAAGCUCCAAGACAACCAAUGUCUGCACUCGAUUUGAAGAAUCUCCAUCAUAUGUGAAAUGGGGAAAGCUGCGGGAUUACCAGAUCCGAGGACUGAACUGGCUCAUUUCUCUGUAUGAAAACGGCAUCAAUGGCAUCCUGGCAGAUGAAAUGGGCCUUGGGAAGACACUGCAAACAAUAUCUCUUCUUGGCUAUAUGAAACACUACAGAAAUAUUCCUGGGCCUCACAUGGUGUUAGUCCCUAAGUCCACCCUGCAGAACUGGAUGAAUGAAUUUAAGAGAUGGGUUCCAACACUUCGAGCAGUUUGCUUGAUCGGGGACAAAGACCAGCGAGCUGCCUUUGUCAGAGAUGUGUUGUUGCCAGGCGAAUGGGAUGUGUGUGUAACAUCAUAUGAAAUGCUUAUCAAAGAGAAGUCAGUAUUCAAAAAGUUCAACUGGAGAUAUCUCGUUAUAGAUGAAGCCCACAGGAUUAAAAAUGAAAAAUCAAAGUUAUCAGAAAUUGUGAGGGAAUUCAAGACUACAAACCGGCUGCUAUUAACUGGAACUCCACUUCAGAACAACUUACAUGAACUCUGGGCACUUCUCAACUUCCUUUUGCCAGAUGUCUUCAACUCAGCUGAAGACUUUGAUUCAUGGUUUGAUACAAACAAUUGUCUCGGGGAUCAAAAACUGGUAGAGCGCCUUCAUAUGGUGCUACGACCAUUCCUCCUACGUCGCAUUAAGGCUGAUGUAGAGAAGAGCUUGCCUCCAAAGAAGGAAGUUAAAAUUUAUGUGGGCCUCAGCAAAAUGCAAAGAGAAUGGUACACACGGAUCUUGAUGAAGGAUAUAGAUAUCCUGAACUCAGCUGGGAAGCUGGACAAAAUGAGACUGCUGAACAUCCUCAUGCAGCUGCGAAAAUGUUGCAAUCACCCUUACCUCUUUGAUGGGGCAGAACCCGGCCCACCCUACACAACAGACAUGCAUUUGGUCACCAACAGUGGCAAAAUGGUGGUUUUGGACAAACUGCUGCCUAAGUUGAAAGAACAAGGCUCAAGAGUUCUAAUCUUCAGUCAGAUGACAAGAGUCCUGGAUAUCUUGGAAGAUUACUGUAUGUGGCGAAAUUACGAGUAUUGCAGACUGGAUGGACAAACUCCUCACAACGAACGACAGGCGUCCAUUAAUGCUUUCAACGAUCCUGACAGCUCAAAAUUUGUGUUCAUGUUGAGUACGCGGGCAGGAGGUCUUGGAAUCAAUCUGGCUACUGCUGAUGUCGUAAUUCUGUAUGAUUCAGACUGGAAUCCACAAGUAGACCUUCAAGCUAUGGAUCGAGCACACAGAAUUGGCCAGACCAAGACUGUUCGAGUGUUCAGGUUUAUUACAGACAAUACAGUGGAGGAAAGAAUAGUGGAACGUGCAGAGAUGAAACUCCGGCUGGACUCCAUAGUCAUUCAGCAAGGAAGAUUGGUAGAUCAAAACCUGAAUAAACUUGGAAAGGAUGAAAUGCUGCAAAUGAUUAGACAUGGAGCGACACAUGUGUUUGCCUCAAAGGACAGCGAGAUUACAGAUGAAGAUAUUGAUCACAUUUUGGAAAGAGGUGCAAAGAAGACUGCGGAAAUGAACGAAAAACUUUCAAAGAUGGGUGAAAGCUCCCUUAGGAAUUUUACUAUGGAUACUGAAUCUAGCGUGUAUAAUUUUGAAGGGGAAGACUACAGAGAAAAACAGAAGUUGGCAUUUACAGAGUGGAUUGAACCACCUAAACGAGAAAGAAAAGCCAAUUAUGCUGUGGAUGCUUAUUUCAGAGAGGCUCUUCGAGUCAGUGAACCAAAAGCACCCAAGGCACCACGGCCUCCAAAACAGCCAAAUGUACAGGAUUUCCAGUUCUUUCCUCCUCGCCUGUUUGAACUGUUGGAAAAAGAGAUUCUCUACUACAGGAAAACAAUUGGUUACAAGGUACCUCGUAAUCCCGAUCUCCCAAAUUCAGCCCAAGCACAAAAGGAAGAGCAGCUUAAGAUUGAUGAGGCUGAACCUCUUAAUGAUGAAGAACUUGAAGAAAAAGAGAAGCUUCUAACCCAGGGCUUCACUAACUGGAAUAAGAGAGAUUUCAACCAGUUCAUCAAAGCCAAUGAGAAGUGGGGCCGUGAUGACAUUGAAAAUAUAGCACGAGAAGUAGAAGGAAAAACCCCAGAGGAAGUCAUUGAGUAUUCAGCUGUGUUCUGGGAAAGAUGCAAUGAACUCCAAGACAUAGAAAAGAUCAUGGCUCAGAUUGAAAGAGGAGAAGCCAGAAUUCAGAGACGGAUCAGCAUAAAAAAGGCACUGGACACAAAGAUUGGGAGAUAUAAAGCCCCUUUCCACCAACUAAGAAUAUCAUAUGGUACUAAUAAAGGGAAGAAUUACACUGAAGAGGAAGAUCGCUUUCUGAUCUGUAUGCUUCACAAACUAGGAUUUGAUAAGGAAAAUGUCUAUGAUGAAUUAAGACAAUGUAUCCGAAACUCGCCGCAAUUCAGAUUUGACUGGUUUCUCAAGUCCAGAACUGCAAUGGAGCUGCAAAGGAGAUGCAAUACUUUAAUCACUCUCAUUGAAAGAGAAAACAUGGAACUGGAAGAAAAGGAAAAGGCAGAAAAGAAGAAACGUGGACCAAAACCAUCUUCGGCACAGAAGCGCAAAAUGGACGGUACUCCUGAUGGUCGUGGAAGAAAAAAGAAGCUAAAGCUGUGAAUGCAGAAUUUUUUUAAUCUCUAAAUUUAAGAAGUAGUUCUUUAAUUUACGGGUCUUCAUAAGAUGUACUGUAUAAUGCUUAACUAUUUUAAAUAACAUUGGGUUCAUCUGUUUAUUGAACUAGAACAUAGUACUUCUUAAUUGUAGUUUCACUUUUCUAAAUGCAACAGCUGUGCUGAAUUUUUUUUACCAUUAACACUUGAAAUAAUAAAUUGUCUUCAUUUAUUAA